CUCGAUGGCGGCGAUCGGUGUACAUUUGGGUUGCACAUGUGCCUGUGUGGCAGUGUAUAAGGAUGGACGUGCUGAUGUGGUGGCCAAUGAUGCUGGUGACAGAGUCACCCCAGCCGUUGUUGGAUUUCUGGAAAAAGAAGUGAUUGUUGGCCUGGCCGCAAAACAAAGCAGAGUUCGAAAUGCAACUAACACUAUUGUUAAAGUAAAGCAGAUACUGGGAAGAAGCUAUGGAGAUCCCAUUGCUCAGAAACACAUCACAGAAAGUAAAUGCACAGUUGUGGAGAAAGGAGGAAAGCCCAAGUAUGAAAUCGAUACAGGAGAAACCCAGAAACUUGUUUCAUCAGAGGAUGUUGCAAAGUUAAUAUUCAGCAAAAUGAAAGAAACUGCACAAUCAGCCUUGGGAUCAGAUGUAAAUGAUGUGGUCAUUACUGUCCCGUUUGAUUUUGGAGAGAGCCAAAAAAAGGCUCUUGGAGAAGCUGCGUCGGCUGCUGGAUUUAACAUACUGCGCAUGAUUCAUGAGCCAUCUGCUGCUUUGUUGGCUUAUGGGAUUGGGCAAGAAUCUCCUACUGGUAAAAGCAAUGUUUUGGUGUACAAAUUGGGUGGAACCUCACUGUCUGUCACCAUGAUAGAAGUUAACAGUGGUAUAUAUCGUGUCCUUGCUACAAGCACUUAUGAUGGCAUUGGAGGCGUAUGUUUUACAGAGGCUCUGGCACAACAUUUAGCAUCUGAAUUUCAAAGGACCUACAAACAAGACAUCAGAGGCAAUGCCCGCGCCAUGAUGAAGCUGAUGAAUAGUGCUGAUGUUGCAAAGCAUGCCCUGUCCACUUUGGGAAGCUCAAACUGUUUUGUGGAUUCACUUUAUGAUGGCAUUGACUUUGACUGCAGUGUGUCUAGGGCUCGGUUUGAACUUAUCUGCUCUUCACUGUUUAACCAGUGCAUUGACCCAAUCAAAAAACUACUGGAGCAAGUUGGAUUUAAAGCUACUGAUGUGAAUCAAGUAGUAUUGUGUGGAGGAUCAGCACGCAUACCAAAACUCCAACAACUAAUUAAAGACCUAUUUCCAGAGGUGGAAAUGCUCAGCAGUAUACCUCCAGAUGAAGUCAUUCCUGUUGGAGCUGCCAUACAAGCUGGCAUUUUGCUAGGCAAAGAGAACACAGAUUUGGAUACCAUCACCAUAGAAUGUUCAGCCAGUGAUAUGUUAGUGAAGGAAAUUGAUGAAUCUGGUAAUAAAUUCACAGUCUUGUUACCAUCUGGCACCCCAUUACCUGCUCGUAGGCAGCAUGUGCUACAGGCCCCCGGCAACAUUUCUUCUGUGUGCCUGGAACUAUAUGAAUCUGAUGGAAAAUCUUCAGUAUCUGAAGAAUGCAAAUUUGCACAGGUUGUUCUCAAAGAUUUACAAAAGAAAACUAGUGGUGUUCGUGACAUAUUAACAGUGCUGACAAUGAAGAGGGAUGGAUCAUUACAUAUAACUUGCACUGACAAAGACUCAGGCAAGUCAGAAAUGAUAACCAUUGAGGACACUUCUUAGAGGAGUUUUAAAUGACUGUUUACUUACCAUGGCCAGUUUCAGCCUCUCUCUUACCAGAGGGUAUCAAAAUGAAUUUGUCUUUAGUGCCACGCUGUAUUAUGAAAUGAACCGAAUCUUUUGUAUUUAAGGUUAAUUUUUUUCUGAAGUCAUAUAAUGAGUACCACUUAAAAUGAUUUCCUUUGUCAGAAAUUGUUUUGUUUUUGCCAUCAGUAAAACAAAUUACAUUUCAGAGAACUGCCUCUAUAAUGUUUGGAUUUACUUUGCUGCUAUGAGAUGUUCAAACAACAUAUUAUUGGCUAUUCUAGUAGAAAUGUCAAAUGCCUGAAAUGAAGUUUUAUCAGAUCAACUAUCCAAAAGUAACUUGUGGGAUUCUUGUACUUAUUGCAAGUGUUUACUUAAAUAUUGUCAUGUUUGCUACCAGCAGUAUGUGUAUGUGCUAUUAAGUGCAUAAUGCAUUUUCUAAAAUCUUCCAAACUUAAAACAAGUGUGAAACAUACCUCAAGUGCAAAUAAAAAUAUCAAACAACUA